AUAGACAGACGCUAGAGAAGACAGUUUUUGUGAGGCUGCAGGCCUACUUCCCGGACAGCGUUGUUGUCUGCAGCCAUUGAUGUUCAUUGUUGGUGCCUCCUGGAACCUGAGGAAUUCUUGUCUUCCUCCAUCAUCCAGCAACUCUGUACCUUUUUUUGACCUCCAGCUUCUAAUUGUUCCAGGAUUUCUACUUCAAUCUCUGCUAAAAUGUCUACAGGUGAUCUUGUGAAUUAGUGUUACCAUCAAUGAUGGCAGAACAUCCACCAUUACUGGAUACCACUUCGAUUAUAAGUAGUGAAAUCCCUCUUCUAACUUCCCCUAUUGUUAGUGGGGAUGGAGCACAACAGGUUAUUCUUGUGCAAGUUAAUCCAGGGGAAGCAUUUACAAUAAGAAGAGAAGAUGGACAGUUUCAGUGCAUUACAGGUCCUGCUCAGGUUCCAAUGAUGUCCCCAAAUGGUUCAGUGCCUACUAUUUAUGUGCCUCCUGGAUAUGCCCCACAGGUUAUUGAGGACAACGGUGUUCGAAGGGUUGUGGUGGUCCCCCAGGCUCCAGAAUUUCAUCCUGGUGGUCACGCAGUGAUACACAGGCCUCCGCAUCCCCCACUGCCUGGCUUCCUUCCUCUUCCAGCCAUGAUACCCCCUCCACCACGUCAUAUAUACUCACCUGUGACCGGAGCCGGUGAUAUGGCAACGCAGUACAUUCCACAGUACCACACCUCUCAAGUAUACGGCGAUAUGGAUACUCUGCCUGCUCAUGGAAGAUCCAACUUUAGAGACGAAAGGUCUAGUAAAACAUAUGAAAGGUUACAAAAAAAAUUAAAAGAUCGACAUGGAACUCAGAAGGAUAAGUUAAACAGUCCUCCGUCGUCUCCUCAGAAAUGUCCAUCUCCUACAAGUGAACAUAAUGGACUUACAAAAGGACAGGAUGCAGCUGGUAUAAGCCCAGGUUCUACCAAAAGCAAGUCUUUGGUUAAAGGAAAAAGCAAUUCUCAGCCAGAUGCAGAAGUAGAAGAAAAGGAUGAAGAAACAAAAGCACUUGAAGCACUUCUUUCUAAUAUAGCCAAGCCAGUGGUAUCAGACAUUCGGGCAAGAACAGCACUGCUUAUGUGGUCCCCUCCAUCCAGUGAUACCAGAGAAGAUGCUGACAAGAAUGACAUACCAGAUGUUUAUACUUACGAAGUAAUGAUUUCAAAUACUGGAAAAGAUGGAAAGUACAAAACUGUAUACGUUGGAGAAGAAAAUAAAGUUACUGUAAAUGAUCUCAGGCCAGCAACUGAUUACCAUGCAAAAGUCCAAGUAGAAUGCAACUGUGUAAAGGGGAGCCCUUCAGAAGCAGAGAGUUUUACCACAACGAGUUGUGAACCUGAUACUCCAAAUUUGCCCAGGAUAACUAAUCGGACCAAAAAUUCUCUUACUUUGCAGUGGAAGGCAUCUUGUGAUAAUGGUUCUAAAAUCCACAGUUACCUUUUGGAAUGGGAUGAAGGGAAAGGAAAUGGAGAGUUUUGCCAGUGUUACUAUGGCCAACAGAAGCAGUACAGGAUUACUAAACUAUCACCAGCAAUGGGGUACACCUUUAGGCUAGCAGCCAAAAAUGACAUGGGAAUGAGUGGUUUUAGUGAAGAAGUCCUGUAUCAUACCUCAGGCACUGCCCCAACCGCACCAGCAAGUCCUUUGCUGAUUAAUGCUGGAGUUACUUGGUUAUCCCUACAGUGGACAAAACCCUCAGGAACACCAUCAGAUGAAGGAAUCUCGUAUAUAUUAGAGAUGGAGGAUGAGAACUCAGGAUAUGGUUUCAAGCCAAAAUAUGAUGGUGACGACCUUACCUACACAGUGAAGAAUUUGAGGCGUAGUACAAAAUACAAGUUUAGGGUCAUUGCCUAUAACUCAGAAGGGAAAAGCAGUCCAAGCGAGACAGUAGAAUACAUUACUUGUCCAGACAAGCCUGGAGUACCUUCAAAACCCAUGGUGAAAGGAAAAAUUCACGCACAGAGUUUUAAAAUAAUCUGGGAUCCGCCAAAAGACAAUGGAGGAGCAGCAAUAAAUACAUACGUUGUGGAAAUGUCUGAAGGCUUAAAUGGAAACAAAUGGGACACAGUAUACAGCGGAGCUGCGAGGGAACACGUGUGCGACCGACUAAAUCCUGGCUGUUCCUAUCGCUUACGUGUAUAUUGCGUUGGGGAAGGAGGACAAAGCAUGGCAUCUGAUUCUUUACUGGUGCAGACACCAGCAGUGGUUCCUGGUCCAUGCCAGCCUCCAAGGCUACAGGGUAGACCAAGAGCAAGAGAAAUUCAGCUGCGCUGGGGACCACCUCAGGUAGACGGGGGCUCACCCAUUACCUGUUACGGUCUGGAAAUGUUUCAGACGGAAACUGAUGAACACAGAGAGGUUUACCAAGGCUCUGAUGUUGAAUGCACAGUAGGCAGCCUUCUUCCAGGGAGGAUGUACAACUUCAGACUGCGGGCAGCUAACAAGGCUGGGUUUGGACCUUAUUCAGAAAAAUGUGAAAUCACUACAGCACCUGGACCACCAGAUCAGUGCAAGCCCCCUCAAGUGGCGUGCAGAUCUGCUGCGUGUGCUCAGGUGUCAUGGGAGGUUCCAGUGAGUAACGGAGCUGACAUCACGGAGUAUCGGCUGGAGUGGGGCGGUGUGGAAGGAUGCAUGCAGAUCUCUUAUUGUGGGCCUGGGCUCAACUGUGAAAUGAAAGGGCUUUUGCCUGCCACUAUAUACUAUUGCAGGGUUCAGGCAGUGAAUGUUGCAGGUGCAGGCCCUUUCAGUGAAGUAGUGGCAUGUAUGACUCCAGCCUCUGUACCUGCAGUUGUGACUUCUCUUCGGGGACUAAGUGAAGAUGAAGUUGAAAGUCCGCACUAUUCUCCUUCCACAUGCCUUGCUAUAAGCUGGGAAAAACCUUGUGACCAUGGAUCUGAAAUCCUUGGCUACAGCAUAGACUUUGGAGAUAAGCAGCCCAUAACUGUUGGGAAGGUUCAGACCUAUUUUAUAGAUGGCUUACAGCCAGAUACUACCUACAGAGUACGAAUUCAAGCCCUAAACAGUCUGGGAGCGGGUCCUUUCAGCCACACCAUAAAACUGAAAACCAAGCCUCUCCCCCCGGAUCCACCUCGCCUGGAAUGUGCUGCGUACAGUUCUCAGACUCUCAAGCUGAAGUGGGGAGAGGGAACUGCGAAAGCAUUAACCGACUCCAUUCAGUACCACCUUCAAAUGGAGGAUAAGAAUGGAAGGUUCGUAUCCUUAUACAGAGGACCAUGUCAUACAUACAAAGUGCAAAGACUCAGUGAGUCAACAUCAUACAAAUUUUGUAUUCAGGCAUGUAAUGAAGCUGGUGAAGGUCCCCUUUCUCAAGAAUAUGUUUUCACUACUCCCAAAUCUGUUCCAGCUGCCUUGAAAGCACCGAGGAUAGAGAGAAUAAACGAUCACACUUGUGAGAUCACGUGGGAGGUUCUGCAGCCCAUGAAGGGUGAUCCAGUUAUCUACUGUCUUCAGGUCAUGGUGGGCAAAGACUCGGAAUUCAAACAGAUUUAUAAGGGUCCGGACUGGUCAUUCCGGUACACAGGCCUCCAGCUGAACUGCGAAUACCGUUUCCGCGCGUGUGCCAUUCGACAGUGCCAAGAGACAGGAGGUCACCAGGACCUGGUCGGCCCCUACAGCGCACCAGUGCUAUUCAUCUCUCAGAGGACUGAACCGCCGGCCAGCGCCAGCAAGGACACUGUGCAAACCACAAGGACACAAUGGUCACAGAGCGACCAAGUGUGCGCUGCUGUCAUCCUUGCACUUUUCGCUAUCUUUUCCAUCCUGAUCGCUGUUAUCAUUCAGUACUUCGUAAUAAAGUGAAGAGAUUGAUUUUCUUAGAAUCGCUGCCCAUUACAUUUUACUUUCUCAUAAUCUAAAAGUAAUUCUGUUCUCUUGCUUUUUACAAAACCAGGCGUUUAGCACCGGCGUUGGGACUGAUGCAGACCUUUUCAGCCACUUCAAAAUGCUUACUGGUAGGCGUAGGCUGGCACACGUUACUAGAACGCAAGCCACAGAAAUACAAUCUUUUCUUUAAUAUGCCUUCUUGCAGUACAAACUCUCUAUGGGGCAGGCAAGCAGUGUUUAACGAAAAGGGUUUGACCAGUAAACAGGAGUGUAAAAAAAAAAAAUUUAAAAAAAAUAUGGUUUCCUGGCCCACACUUUUAAGGGUUGCUACCAUAGCAGGGAAGAAUGUGUAGAUCGCAUUUCAAACGUACACUAACAAACUUGUGCUGUAUACAAUAUUAAUCUGAUGCUGUGAAAGCAAUUUAGCGCUGUAUUUCUACCUCCUCAUUUGUCUUAAUUAUUUGAGAAGCAGGAUUUAUGCUGAAAAAAAAAAAAACAAAAAAAAAACACAAACGAAGGGGCUUUUCUCAGGCAGCAAAUAAUAAACUGGAUGGAAGAGUAUGCAUGAAGGAAGCUUCUUAUCUGAUAAAUGUGGAGUUCUUCACUGCAAGUAGAUGUUUUGGAAAGACUACAAGGGGAUGGCACAAGUGGUUUAUCUUGCCCCCAGGAUUUGACAUGUUUACUUACAAAAAAUGCCUCUUUUACUUCUUACGAAUAUAGAAGGGAGAGCGUGAGAGAACUUUCUUAGACUUAUUAUUUAAAUCGAAAAAACACAUUUCCAAAGUUGACUGUUGAUCGGAUGCAGUUUAUACAGACGUCUGUGCCCUCUGAUUUUGGCUAUUGAUAGAUAUUUGAGAUCAAAUUCAUUAUGGAAAUUUUGCUGUUUCCCCAGCAUUCACUUGCCAUAUCCACCGGAAUCAAGCACUGCCUUUUCUUUUUUUUCCUCGUUUGUUCUUUCUUCCUUCCUUUCUCUUCCUUCCUUUCUCUCUUUCUUUCUUUGGGGCACCAAAUCCGAAGACGAAGUGUAGUAAUUUGCACCAGAAAACUUAAAAGCUGCUUUUUUUCUUGAGAUCCUAAUGUUUAAUGUAAUGUCUCUUUGGAUACUGUACCAAAUUGUUGAUUGCAUGUAGUUAAUGUUGCAUUAGAGCACUUUGCAAUUGCAUAACUCAUCAAUGUUUUGUGAGCUUGCAUUUGUGAGUUCUUGAAUGACCAGACUGAAUUUUAUUGAGUAUCCCAUUGAACAUCUUGCUAGAUGUCAAUGAUUGCCAGUGACACAAAGCUUGUAGUGAAACUUAUCUUUAAAAGAAAAAAAAAAUUCCGUGUCACAUCACACUUACGUUAUUUGUUAUACACUUUGUAAUUAGCUACUUUUAAUUUAUUUGAGUUACAAGAUAGUGGAUCAUUAAUGACUUCUAGUUGUGUUCAGUUUAGCAUUUUUAAUGGUAUUAAACACUUCUGUCGGUCUUAAUAAUAAUAAAAAAAGGAACCUCUGUCUUGUGCUUUGAAGAUCUCUGAAGAAUUUCUCUUAUAUUAGAACGGGCAUGUAUUGUAAUUGUUUAUACGUCCAAUGAUCUGUGCUGUAGAAUAAUGUUGCUUUUAGGUUUUUUUUUUAAAAAAAAAAACAAACUGGUGAAGAACUUGGCCUCCACGUGGCGAGAACGAUCUGUCUUUAAAAUGUACUGUAUGUUUACAUUUUAUUUCGAAUCUGUCAUUUGUACGUAUAGGCUGAUACCUUCCCGCAGGAUACCGCGAUAACUGAUGUUUUCUAGAACCUUCUUCAAAGUGCCAUGUUUGGCAGUGCAAAUGAGGUUGCGUGUAACAGCCCAGAGAUUUCUUACGGUUGAAUGUCUAAAACGGUAAGAUUUGUUACUACAGUUAAUCUGCAGUGACUUAUGUUUUUCAUAGUAAAAUUCAAAUGAGCUCCUAUUUUUGAUAGUCAUUUAAUAGUGUAUUUGCCAUUUGAGCCUCAGUGCGUAUUACUGCAUUGAAGACAGUUUUUAAUGUAAUCUUAAUUUUACCUCAUAUACUGUACAUUCCAAAAAUAAAUUUAAAAAAAAAAGGAAAAAAAAAAGAAAAACUCUAAACUUUUUAAAACGUUAUAGAUACACUACCAAACAUAUCACUUUACAACUGUACAACGUCGGACUCCAUGAAGACAAACCUGUAUAGUCUGAUAUAGAAAAUACAUAAACUAUGUAGCAAAGUAUCUUUAAAAAAAAAAAGAAAAAUCUGUGGAAAA